AUGAAUACGGGGAAGAAACCAAAAGAACCCAGUUACUCAAAUCUACCAAAAAAACGCAGAAACCCAACACCGCCAAACAAUCGCGAUAUUAUGCCACCUCCUCCUUCGCAAAAAAAUACGGCCGAAGAUGUGUAUAGGCCACAACGUGUUGAAGAUUUCUUGAAUAGUAUGGAUCCAUUGUUUUUCGAAUCUAUCCCGUCAAGUGUCCAACCGAACCGGGUUCAAGAAGAAGAAGAAGAAGAAGAAGAGGUCGAGGAAGAAGAGGUGGAAGCAAUACCCGAGACCCAAGUCUCGGUUAAAGGUAAAAGAGAGUGUCGAAAUUGGGGGAAGGAUGAAGAGGCGUGUUUGGCAAAAGCUUGGUUAAACGUUUCCGAGGAUCCAUACAUCGGAAACGCCCAAACGACGGGUUCGUUUUGGAAGAAGGUGAAGUUUCAGUUGGACUCACACUUGAACCGUGAGUCGGGACGUACCCCAGAAAUGUGUCGGUCGAAAUGGAAGGAUUUGAAGCAUAAGGUGUCGGGUUUUUGUGGUAUGUACAAUGUGAAGAAAAGUAAGAUGUUGAGUGGCCAAAGUGACGAGGAUGUGUUUAAGUCGGCCGUGGCAUUAUAUAUGCGGAAAUACAAUAACAAGUCUGGGUUUCGGCAUGUAGAGGCGUGGCAGGUUUUGAGGAGAGGACCGAAAUGGUCGGAGGUUCUUACUUUGGAGGGGAUUUGUGAGGAGUCGGGUAACAAAAGGGCAAGAACGGAAGGGUCUGUCCAUGUACGUUCAUCAGGGGAGGCGUCGGUCCAUAUUGACUUGAAUGAGGACCACUUGGAGCAAGAAGAGGAGGGAGGGAACGACAUGGAUAAUGCACCAGUACAUCAUGCUAGACCCGUGCCACCCCGCCGUAAAGCUAAGGGUAAGCAGGCUGCUCCUUCCGCCUCUACUACAUCUGAGGAGUUAUUGAAGAUGGUCGCGGAGUUGAAAUGCGACAAUGAGGAUUAA